AUGUCGAACUUGGCAAAUCUCGAAUUUGUUGCACUUGACAUAUCUGGAAAGAACUACCUUUCAUGGAUCAAUGAGGUUCAUCUUGAGGCUAUGAACCUAGGGGAAACCAUUAAGGAUGGCAAUGAGGCAUCCUCUGUGGAUCGAGCGAAAGCCAUGAUUUUUCUCAGACGCCACAUCCAUGAAGAAUUGAAGUGUGAAUACCUUACUGUCAAGGAUCUGUUGGCCCUUUGGGGAAAUCUCAAGGAAAGAUAUGACCAUCAGAGGACAGUUAUUCUUCCUAAGGCUCGCCAUGACUGGAUGCCCUUGUGUUUACAAGAUUUCAAAUCAGUGGCUGACUAUAAUUCUGCUUUGUUCAGAAUUAGCUCCAAGUUACGACUUUGUGGAGAGAAUAUAACUUAUGCAAACCUAUUGGAGAAAACUUUCACCACAUUUCAUGCCUCCAAUGUGGUUUUGCAACAACAAUAUCAAGAGCGAGGUUUCCAGAAGUACUCAGACCUCAUAUCUUGUCUACUUCUAGCUGAACAGAAUAAUGAGCUUAUGAUGCAGAACCAUUAG